AUGGGGGCCAGCGACCGCGUCCACAUCUUCAACUCUUCGAGGCCUCCAGAGGGGGGUUACCCAGACUCGCUCAUCGCGACUACAAAGCCCCCUGAAGAUGAACUCCGGAGGAUGCAUGGGAUCGUAUGUUUGUUGCUUGCCGAUGGCACGUUCGACGUCGCAGAACAGUUGCUUCAAGCCUCAGUGGACCUGUUCAUGGAGCAGCAACAAGCCGCCGACGACGGACACGGAAACGUUGAUGCGCGCUUUGGAAUUAUGACUGGCAUUGGAACCGCGUAUGCCAAGAAUGGUCAGCACCAGGACCCGUGA